CGCAAGGAAUCGAACAUGUCGAAACUUUACUGUUGUGACUGUUUGAACUUUUGGCCAAGGCAUCCCCCCAGCCAGGCCUGCACGGCGAAGGAGACGAAUAGGCCUAUAUUUUUUUUUAUUGGACUGGACUAUCACAGUGUUACAAUAGAUGUGUAUCAAGAGGCAAGCAGUAGUCCAAACAUGCCUAAACAGAUUCAAGAAAUUAAAGACUUUCUCCUGACUGCCAGGAGGAAGGAUGCUAAAUCUGUUAAAAUCAAGAAGAACAAGGAGAAUGUGAAGUUCAAGGUGCGCUGUAGCCGAUACUUGUACACACUGGUCAUCCAGGAUACAGAGAAGGCAGAAAAACUGAGACAGUCCCUCCCACCAGGUUUGGCUGUGAAGGAGCUCAAGUGAACUUUGCUGUUUGGAUGACUGUAUAAAUAAAAGUUAAAAAAAAAAAAAGU